AUGGAGAGCCUUGAACAGGCUCUUGAGGAAACAGAAGUGAAUGAAACCACAUCCAUGUCUGCCAACAAUUUGAUAGCGCUGCUGUUCAAACCUAAAGGUCCUUUUAAAGGCCUUGAAAUUUACGCCAGCGAAAGUAAGGUGAGGCUAUUUACUUCAGGCUGAGUCAGAUCAUUUCAUGACAUCAAGGGCCUGGUCUACUGAGAUCCCAAAUAAGGGGAGCUAAAUUCCAUGUGCAAACAAAAAAAAAUUCAUGUGCUAUUAGUGAGUGUGUUACAGGUAAUCGACUAUGAUUGCAUGCGCAAUUGAUAACAGGUACAAAACUGGUGCAGCCCGCCCCUUUAAAUGAGGAUUUGUCGUGCACUAUCAGCUGUCAUGGAGAGUUUGUGAGAGCAGAGUGGUCGACCAAUAAUGAAGUGUGAAGUCAUGGAGUUGCACAUAUUGUUUUAGGGAACUGCAUAAAAUGCAAGGCAAGUUUAUUUGUAUAGCACCAUUAUAACACAAGGCAAUUCAAAGUGCUUGACAGUUAACAGGAAAUAUAUUUGAAAUCAAAAAAGAGAUUCAAAAAAUUUAAAAUCAAUCAGACAAAGAGAUAUAUUUUUUCAUCUGUUCUGUGUUUGACCUUAUUAUUUAUGAAAACUGAAAUUUACUGGAAAAUCAAAAUAAAUCACAAGCUUUUAGACUUGGAGCUCCCCAGCACUCAGUCUAAGACUCCCCAGUCCCCAAGACCUGCCAUGUUUUCUGUUAUUUACUGUGUCCCCAGAGCAUGGGAAUUGGAGCUCUUUACCCAUGUAAAAAGGGUAAAAGAAGUAAAAACCUCAUUGGAGGAAAUUAAGAAAAUAGACUAAGAACAGAGAUAAUUAAUAAAAAUACAUAAAACAAACAUUAAGAACCUUGAUUAAAAUGAACAGUAGCAACAAGAGAUAUAAGAAAAGGCAAUUAAUGAAAAGCCUGGUUAAAAAGAUGAGUCUUGAGCCUCUUCUUAAAUACAUCACCAAUCUCUGCGGCCCUGAGGAUCCCUGGCAGGCUGUUCCACAACCGGAGGCCAUGGAAACUGAAAGCUGUCUCCCCGUGUGUUUUUGUUUUAACUUUGGGUAAGGUUAAAAGGCCUAUGCCAGAGGACCUCAGGGUCUGCAAGGGUUGAUAUGAUAAAUGUAAGUCAGAUAAAUAGGAGGGGCCAAGACCAUUAAUACAUCUUAACACUGAUAAAAGAACCUUAAAAUCAAUCCUGAAAUGGACAGGGAGCCAAUGCAGCGAUGCUAAAACUGGGGUCAUAUGCUAUAUACGCAAACCUUUAGUAGAUCAGGCCCUAAGAGAGGUAUUUUGACCUUGGCUCUGAUGUGCAGCUUAAGACUCAAGACUAACAGUUUUGGUACUCAUGUUUAACAAAUCACUCCAGUAAAGAUUAUACAGACUCCACAGAGAAAUGUAGGUUGUUCAUGGCGGUGUCAUGACUUUCUUAAGAUUUAACAUUCACUGCUGAGAGCUAGCGCCAGCUAACAGUGCAGAAUGAUCGAGCUGUUAGCACUACAGGUUACAAUUAUAAUACUUUUUUUUCAACUUUUACUUCUGCAAUUUCUUUCAGAACCCCCAGUUGACUUUUGGACAACCAAGAAAAACUUGGCAAUAGCAAAAUUAGAAGUCAUAGAGCCUGUAGUGCUCAGGCACACUGAGAGUAGUCCUUUAGUUUUGUUUUUGUUUUUAAUGACUUACUGAAAUGGUAGAGUUUUCCAUCUGCAGAGCUUAACUUUUGAGCUUGGUUGAAAACCAGCUGGAGAACAUUAAUGGCUCUAUGGCCGGUUUCUGAACAAAUAGGGCGAGAUGACCAGGAUUUCCCUAGGAUAAUACACAAAGGGUCUGAUCUACUUAAGGUUUGCGUGUGCAAAAACAAUUUUGUACUCACAAUUUAGUGCCCCUUAUCAGGGAUCUUAGUACAUCAGACCCUUAAUAAGUGCCUCACCAAACCACAUUCAAAAAAGGGAAAUUUCAGUCAAAUAGUCAGGAGCCAUUCUAAGCUUUUCUGGUAUAACUCAUCCAUGAUGAUUCCAUACUUGGAGUUGCUCCUCUGACGAUUGCUGGAUCCCUAAAAAGUAAACACCCAUUUAAUGCUCCUCUUUCUGUUUUGCUUUGCACCUACAGGUAACAUUAGAAAGGGGUGACAACAAUAGCAAAGUGAAUGUUCGCCUUCCCAAAGAGCUGAAGGUUGACUCAAACAACAUAAUUGUAUUCUGCAUGCUCACCUGGACAGGAACAAACGAGGUGAGCCAUCACACUGUGCAUAUAAAGUGAAAUUGAUAAAGGGUGUUAUCCAGUCAUAACACAGGCCAGUCUAGAGGGCCCUGGUGAAGGCAAGUUUACUUUUUUUUAAAAAAAAAUUUAUUUUUAACAAUGACAGCCUUCAGCACAGACACUGCUGUAUUCCUGUUUGAAAAACUGCUUCCUAUUUGUGACAUUUCUCUGUUUGGAAAAAAAAAAACUGCAGGCUGAGGAGGUACCUUGUCACUUUAAAGAAUUCCAUCGUUUCUAAUCAAAGUGUACAAAAAUUAUCCAACAGAGUACCAACUGAAUGCAUGCUCUGUGUCUCAACGGCUGCCGUUUACCAUAAUGGGAAAUAACUGAUUGACAUUGUCUCAUGCUCCACAGUCUCACAAUAAUGUUUUUUCUGGGUCUGUUCAACACUAACAUAGGAAUCUUUCUUAGAAAGAGGAACAGCUGUUUUCACACAAUAUCCUCAAAUGCAACAGUGCAGGACGCUGUUUAAGGGCAGAACUGUGUUCUCAUCUGAGUAAGCGGUAGUAACUCUUUACUCUGCACCACUGGUUUCUGCAGCAGCAUGAAAAAAAUAUAUAUAAAUAAAUUUAAAAAAUAACAUGUUCAGAAAUGCUCUCAUGUUGGUCUAUCAUAGUUAUCAUUAUGUAAAAUGCACAGCAGACAGCAGCAGUGCCUCAAAGCUUCAGAUUUUGCUGUGUCCCUCCGAUCAGACUAACUGAUUGUCUGUGUGUCGUCUCACAGAGCUCUGAUGUUUUAUAUGAGGACAGAUUGGUGGCCCUCAGUGUGCGGGGAAAGAAUAUUUCUGGACUUCAGGAGCGAGUCAACAUCACCAUGAGUCUCGCUGUGGGACUUAACGUAACUACAACUUCACUCCAAACAUAAAUUUUCUGUAACAUCCUACAUUUUGAUAUAUAGAUAUACCCAGUCUAACUUUGUUUUUGCUGUCUAACAGGAGACCCAAGAGCCUCGCUGUGUGUUCUUGGAUUUUUCAACAGGCAGUGAGUAACAACACAAAUCAACACACCAUGGCAACAUAAGUGAUUCUUUUGUAGUGUUGUAUCUGAUGGGUUGUCAUCUGUGUAACUGGCAGGUUUGUUUACCUUUUAGAUUUCAGUGAAGAUGGCUGCCACACUCUGUGGGGUCACGGUCAGAGUCAUGUGACCUGCUCCUGUGACCACUUUACAUACUUCGGUGUGAUCCUGGUAGGUCCACAUCAUAGGAACUACUACCAUACAAGCAACAAGAUCAGUUUGUCCAUACUAUUCUUGCAUAUCAACCUGUUUUCAAAACACACCACAGAUAUUCUAAAACAAGCCUUUUCCACAAGAGACAACCUGCCACUGCAAGAAAACCAAAAAUCAAUUCGAUACAUUUCAAUGCGAUACAGGGGUUUUAACAGGAUAUAAAAUUGACUGUAUUUAAACUGUUGCUUCUUAAUUAAAAAAAGACAAAAAACAAAAACAAAAGUAAGCAUCAGGAAGAAUGCUCUUAUUCAAAGAGCUCUUUUUAUGUCAAUAUACCUGUGUGGUUACCCACUGAACACUUUUUAUGUUCAUGUACUGGAUGCAUAUUCCUUUCACUUCAGUUGUGAAAUCUCCUAAAAUCUCCUGCCCUGCCACUCCAUGGCCACAAGAAGUCACUAAAGUAAAGAAAGUAGCCUUUCAGAAGGGGAAAUGGAGUUAGCAGGUGAUAAAAUGGUAAACACAUGCAGGUAGACCUCAUCAGGUUGGUUAAAGUUUUAGUUUAGUUCAACAGAGUAUCAUUAAAGAUAUUUUUAGGAUUAAACUUUAUAAGUGUUUCUAACCACCUAGUAAAAAUUAAACAUCUCUAACCACUACCUCGUAUUCAUUCAGAGAAACAAGGUCAUAUUCGAAUAAUUGUCACUUCCUGUACAAAUGAAACUGCUGAUGUUUAUUAUGCUGUAAGUCCCCUUAUCUAAACCUGUGAUUCAAAUUCUGUUUAUUAUAAUCACCUGGACUUCCUCCACAGGUGUCAGCUGACCUCCCACCUGAACACCUGGAGAUCCUGUCAUACAUCUCUCUGAUUGGCUGCAGUCUGUCCCUGUUGGUCCUGGUCAUCACUGUGCUGCUCUUCUGCUUUAAAAGGUCGUUUAUUUCUCGUCCCUCAAUUUUCAUCCCAUCUUACUGUCAGUUUGAUAUUUUUGUGAGUUAUCUGCUUUGUUAUUUGAAUUCACAUCUUAAUUCCUCUUUUUUUCUGAUCAGAUUUUUUCACCUGUUUAAAAAAAAUACUGUUCAGUCAAUGUGCGCUCUCGGGAUGAUAUGAUCUGGCAUGAUUCAAUUCAUACUUUUAUGACAGACUGUGUGCAGAGCUUCAGGUUCAGAGUUUAUUUACACCUGGCUUUAAAAAAGCACCUGAAAGCUUAAUGCCAGCUCUAUUAAAUUUAAGAGGAACUGUAGUGCAGUGCAUUGUGUGUGAUGGAGACUGGUGGACUUUUUACAGAGGGUUUUUCCAAACCAGUUAGACAUCCAGGUGUUAACAAAUGCCCAAUCGGUGCAUAUGACUUGUGAAGGAGGCUAGGAUCAAUGCAACAUGUCAACCACUCUCAGGUGAUAAAAUAAGGAAAAAGAAACAGGCCAUCUUUAUAUGAUGGUUUGUUUCCUUUUGAUUACUUACAAAGAGGCUUCAGAAUACUUCCUUCUGUUUUAUUUUUACCAGCUAAUAAGCUUCACAGUAACUUAAACUGUCCUCCAUCCUGCAGGAAAGUCCGAACAGACAUCUCCAUGAAGGUCCACAUCAAUCUGGCCUUUGCUCUCAUCCUCCUUAACCUGCACUUCCUCCCCAGCCAGCAGGUAGCAACGCUGGCCUCCUCUGGGCUGUGUCUGUACUUUGGCCUGGCUCUCCAUUACUCCCUGCUGGCCACUUUCAGCUGGACUGCCUUGGAGGGCUUCCACCUCUACCUCCUGUUGGUUAGAGUCUUUAACAUCUACAUCCAGAGGUAUCUGCUCAAACUCAGCCUGCUGGGGUGGGGUGAGUACAGCGCUGAAACCCUUCACCAUGACCUAGAGGUUAAGCAAAUAAAACAAUGAAAAAAGUUCAAGAAAAAUGUGCCAACAGGAACAGUGUUAACUUUUCUUACAGCAUUGGGAAGAUUUCUAAUUUACAGAAAUUUGACUGAUGCUCAAAAAACAUAGUUUGUCAUUAAAAAAAAGGAAGUUUCCUCUGCAGGAAUGGAAAUAACCCAAUGACAAAAUCAAACUCACUUUCACAAGGACAAAGAAAAAAACCAUCUUAUACAUGUGAAACCUGAUCUGGGUUUUGCAACUAUUAUUGUCCCACUAGCUAAACUAAGAUCACACAAGCCAGAGUUUAGAGUUUCCAACUGUGGUACCAGACUCACUCAAAACUAAAUCCCUAAAACACAGUCCAUUAAGUGAUCUGAGAUAUUUAGAAAUCUUAACCACUCAGCCAAACUGAGGUGCAAUAAUAUUAAAAUUCAAUAUAUCAGUGAGGCAUGCUCUUUCAGUUUGCAGCACACUUUAAUGAGGUAAUGAGUUAUUAGAAAAAGAGACUUCUAUCCACCACAGAAGACAAACACUGGGGGACUCUAUUUUCAUCUGGCGCAGCCUGGCGCACAGCCAGUUUGGUAUUUUCCUAGACUGAGGCACACUGAGGUCCGCCAAGCUCGGCGUGGUGGCGUGGCAGGGGAGGUGUCGACAGAAUCAGCUGGCGCAGGGACAUUUUCUCGCUCGCUGGUGGUGUGUAAAGUGCGCUGAAAGCUCGCCGAUUCAAACCUGGUCAACUUUCAGCGCAGCUGGUCUAGUGGUAUUUGGUAGACCGGCUGCAUGUUACGCAUACGUCACCAACGCCUCACCGGCAGGUUUCCACAGUGUCAGGCACAUUUCAGUACAAUAAAUAAUCAUCAACAAUCACUAUUCAGUGCAACGAUCUGAAUCAGCAUAUAUAUUCAGCUCUAUAUCGAUAUAUUCUGACCUAUAUCUUAUCUGAUGAGCGCGUUUGGCACGCGUUUGGACACUCCACCUGACAGAAUUAACACAGCUGAAACCGCAAUAAAUUAAAUAUCCAGUAAACAGUCACACAUGAUGAAGUUAACAGGAUAUUUAAUUCGUCUCCCCACUAAUCCUUCUUCUUUCUCGUGCAGCUCGAUAGGUGUUGUGCCGUAGAAUGCACCCCUGCCGUAGAAUGCAUCCCCUGCAUCCCAUCCAUAGAAGUGGAAGAAAAUGAUCUCAUAUUUAAAAAAAAACAAAAAAAAAAACACGAGUAUUGGAUCAUGACAACACGUCAGCAGCAAACUUUCGUUCUGUUUUCAGGUAUUUAAAAAAUGUACAUACAGAGGUGUACUUGGGUAUAAAAACUGUACAGUAAGCUGUUAAGGUAGAGAACAUUAGAUUUUCGGGGCAGUAAAUAUUCAGAAUCAGAGGGCUAUUGUUUUCGGCAUAUCUGAAUAGCCUGAAUGAAAUUAUGAAAGGCGCACGCUUUUGAAUCAGUCCAACGGUAAGGAAAACUUGGAUUAUUUUGCCUUGUCGUAUACUUCCAACCACGCUCCUGUCAGGGGGUGCAUUCUACGGCAGGGGUGCAUUCUAUGGCACAACACCUGACAUGUCUCUGUGUACUCUCUCCAUCCUGCUGCUGCUGCGGUGGCUCUGAUUCUGUAAAUAUUCAAUCUGGAGUUAGACCCACAUACGAAUAUUCAGUUUUGUGAGCCAAAUUUAUUUUAUAUGCCAACAUCUAUGAAAGAAAGAGCCAGGCCAUGGAGCAUGAUGCGUCAUUAUGCACAGAUGGUUCCGAUUUUAAUGCUAUUAUUGGAAUUUAUGUUGUGAUCUAUGAGCAUAACCCACCUUUGUUAUGUGGGGUUUAAAUAGAUGCAAUUUUAUGUGAGUGUCUUUAUUUGUGGAAAAGGGUGUUUGUCUUACCAGUGGGUCCAACAUUACACACACCAAAUCCAUCUGUUCUUAUAUGAGAGAGUGUGGAGGACGCCCUCUGCAGCGCUUACAGCGACACUUGUUGAGGGGCUGCCUUCUGUCGCCAUCGUGUGGCAUUACUGUCUUCAGACAUCUCUUGAUCUCUUCGACUACUGCACGAAAAUUGUAAUACGCCUUGCUGGUGGCGGAUUUAUAGGCGAGGAAAGGAGCUGGUGUUAUUGGUCAAUACAGGUCUCAGCUGUGUUAAACCCACUCCACGCCCUCUCUCGUCCCUCCCUACAACUUACGCCGCUGGGAGGAGCUGAGUUAGGGAGAGGGGAUACUUACGCCGGGCUGCGCCGCUCACCAAAAUACCAAAUUGUGCUUGGGAAUGUCUUGUCGGUGUGGCAGACCUGACUUACGUCGCGCCUGCAGCACGCCACCAGAGAGGCACGAAAAUAGAGCAUUGUGUCCCAGGAGAAGUUAUAAACCAUAAUAACCUCUUUGGUAGGGAUGAGUAUUUACUGUCCUCUUAGCUUCAGCUCAGAAACGUUGAGGUGACAAAAGUUUGAUUCUUGUGUUUCAGGUGUCCCUGUGGUCAUCGUGUCCGUGGUGGUUGCCAUAGACAGAGAAGCUUAUGGUGUCUUCCCCCUGGACUCCUCGAACCCAAACAGCACUGAAAUGUAAGACAGUAGGAACAACUAACCAACAUGGAAAUAGACCAUUUUCUCCACUGCUUUAUAACUAAGCUGGAAACUUACUAAAUCAAUAUUUAGUGUAUACGUUUUAAAUUUACAUAAAAAGGUUCAUAAAAAGUCAAUUCAUCUCUGUAGUCUGAAGACUUUAUAGAUACACACACAGGUAGACACAGAUACACACAGAUACAUUAUGUUAGUUUUUAUGCUGCUGUUUAAACACUACAUUUUAGUACUUGCUGACAGACUUUUAAAAUCUAAACUGAUUCAGAAAACCUCAGUCUAAGUUUAUGCUUCCUGUUUACAGUCGUUGCUAUUUUCGUUCCCUCUCUUCAUUCGCUGUUCCCUCUCUACUCUGCUUGUUUCCUUACCUCUCUCGAUGCAUUUGGUAUUGGUAUUUGGUAUCUAUGCAUUGGGUUGGUACAUGAUUGAAGCCUGAACAAUAUGUUUUCAUUCAAAAGAGAUGGAGCCUGUGUGAUUGAUUAGCAGAGGAACAUGACUUUAUGAAGAGAGGGUGGAGCCUGUUUGAGGGUUUAAUGGAUUUUACCAAAUGAAAAUGGGCGGAGCCUGUCUCCUGGUGCUUCCUCUCUUUUUUGUGUCCCCCCUCCUGAGAUCGGCCUUAUGUUAGCCCUGAAUGUUGCUCCUGCUGUCCUCUCAGCCCAUCUCUGGUUUUGGUUUUAUGUUGGACGUUUUUUUUUUUUUUGUUUGUUUUUUACUUUUGAUGAAUAAACGUUCACAUAGUCAAACAUGUCAUCUCCCUCGCUUUAACACACGUGGCAUUGUAUUGUUUUCCUGUUUUAGUGAAUUUGUUUCGGUGACUGAGUUUUGCUCUUCUCCUCCUCUCUCUGUAGAUGCUACAUCGUCAAUAACACGGUGAAGAUGGUGACAACGGUGGGAGCGUUCAGCCUGGUGUUCUUCUUUAACCUCAUCAUGUUGGGGGUGGCCAUCAGACGGGUUGUGGGUCUGCGUCGGAAUAAACAGGUUGGAGUUGUCCACAUUAUGAAUGAUUUUCUUCAUGUCUAUGACAGUGGUCUGCAGCAGGAGUUUAAUGGUUGAUGUAGUCUGACUUUAGACUUUAGACUUCGACUAUAUUGUCCCCAUGAGAAAUAAAUCUACUUAAUAAAAUAAAAUAAAACUUAAUAAUAAUAUAAUAAUAAUAAUAAUAAUAAUAAUAAUAAUAAACUUAAUAAAAUCUACUUUUGCUAUCUGUCCCCAAAGUUCGUCUUGAAAUGGGCAUAAGAAGUUUUAGAUAUGCUGCUCCCACAGACUGGAACCUACUUUAAGAAAAACUGUGUCUUUGAGAGCAGGGCCUCAUGUAUCAACGCUUGCGUGGGACUCAUACCGGAAACGAGCGCACGCAAGGUCCGUCACGCAGAAAAAAAAUUUGUAUGUAUCAAGGUGUGCGGGCGCCGAAAGCCACAUAUGUUUCCUUGAUAAAUCCCAAUCAGCUCGGAGUCAUCGGCCAGGACCAGCGGCAUUUGGGCCACCCCGGCCCCAGCACCAGCACCAGCGCGCCGACAAGCGGUGGAGCGUCCACCAGCCGCGGCGCUUCCGCUGGACCACCCGGACGCAGUGGAAGGGUCCUCACGGAGGCGGUCCUGCAAUCGCAGGAAGAAAUCAUCAGGGGGAUCAACGAGCGGCUGGACAGGCUCGUAAAUGUCCUCGAGCGUUUGAUGGAGAAAAUAAAUUAAUUUGGCUCAUUGAACUGUGUGUUCACUUCUUACCCAAUCACAUUGUGGCGAUUAGAUUCUCCCGCGCGAGGACGGCCGCCCGGCAGGGAUCAGCUCGCAUCCCUCCGUCUGCUGCUGGUUCGUCAUGUUAGUACUUGAGCCAAGAACCAAAAUUUCACAUAUCGGUACCACCUGGGUGGGCAAAUUCUAGUUGUGAUUUUUUUAUUGCUAUACAUCCCUACAGUAAGUUUUUAUAUGAUAGACCUUGGUAACUGGUAGCUUUAUUGUAGUUAUCACUCAUUGAAGUAAUAGAGUGCAGCUGUUCAAAAAUGAAAAAUCGCCUUCCUUCAAAAUUAGCUUUCUUUGAUUUUAACCUCUCAUUUAGGUGUGUUUGAACUAUUGGCUAGCCAUAGAGACUUGUAAUAACCCCCUUAGUAGUAUUUCAAGUAAUUUAUCUAAUACAGGUGUGUAUUUAUAAGCUUCAAUUAGCCAAUUGUCAGGUCUAAAUCAAGGUCUAAAUUAAGGAUAUUUUUUAACUUAGAAGUAGAAGUAAAAUAAAUGCAGACUAAUAGCAUUAUAAUAACACAACUUUAAUAUGACACUGACAUAUUUUCAAUGCAGGAACUCAAUAUACAAUCAUCCUGGCUGGUGCAACGCAAGUAUCGGCUCAACGCCAACUUCUACACCACCUCCUCACUUUGCUCGUGUCGCGAUGAUAAAUCUGGACGUGUGCGCCGAUCUUGGCGAACGCAAGGUUUUCUGGCGUGAAGUGGGUGUUAAGUGGAUGUGGGGUGUCUUUUUCUAUUGCAGUUGUGAUGUGUGUAAUUGCCCUGUUGAUGGGAUCUGUUAGAUUUGGUGUGAAGAGACGGAUUAUUUUGGGAGCUGUGGUGGUUCUGCGUGUGAGUUUGGCCUUGUUUUUAGCAGAAAGCCUGUUGUAGAAGCAGGUUUGACAGGACAGAAGUAUGAUCUGUGCUGUCGCAGCAGAGCAUGCGCCAUUAACAAACUUAUUUAUUCAGGCUGCAGGUAAAAAAAACUGAAGACUAGGAACAAAACCAACCAAUCCAACUACUGUAGUGAUUUGUGUAUCAUGUGUGACGUAGCCAUGUGUCUCACCUACUAUCUUGGUUUCUUCAUCAGUCUAGACAGAUUGAAGGCGAUAGAGUGAAGCGAAAUACCUGCACCCUGCUUGGAAUCACCGUGCUGCUCGGUGUCCCCUGGGGUUUGGUCUUCUUCUCCUUCGGUUACCUGACUGUACCUGGACUCUAUGCUUUCUGCAUCCUGAACUCACUGCAAGGUUUGCCCACACAACCCACUUUGGAAUGUCUAUCUGAUUAAACUUUUGCUUGUGUUGGGUCAGCAAACACCAUGGGAAAUUUUAUUGAAACAUAGCCCUGUUCAGGCUCAUGAUAGACUUCAUUUCAGAAUUAAAACUCACUAGACCUGUUUUUGUGUAUCAGACUAAAGAUUGUCUGUCCUGCUGCUAACAGUAGUAUCUCUGUGUCGGGGGAAAAACAACAUCAGAGACAAACUGUGUCAAAGACAACCAAGUAUUGUUUACUGAUAACAGUGACCGUCAUACUCUGGUACAUUAUCAGGGAUAUUUGCAUGACUGGCCUAACCCUCCUCUUCUCUUCUGUUUCUCUGUCCUCCCACUCAGGUUUCUUCAUUUUUCUCUGGUUUCUGAUGUCUCUGAGAAAGAUCAGAAGCUCAGCAGCAGUGAUGACGGGCAGCACAACACAGAGUACUAACAACUGACCGCAGACGAAACAUAGAGGAACAACCCAGAGACAAAGACUGCCUGUCUGCAUGUGUUACUCUGUGUGUGUUUUUAUCAAGGUUGCCUUCCGUCCUUUAUAAUCAUAGACUGUAUAUAGAAUGGACACCGUCUGCCUCCUCGCUGGGUAAAGCCACUCCAAGAACAGCACCCUCCAGCAAAGCUUAUGGGGCUGUGGACCAACUUUAGAAAUUUAUUACACAGAACAUAAAUUUUUCUUCCCCCCGCGUGGGAUGUUGACAUGUAGUUAUUGUAACACUAGUUUGUGCUCAAGUCCUCUUUUUUCUGUGAAGCUCCGUUUUAAAAAAUUAUUAGGGGGUUCAUGUUUGCUAUUUGAUAAUGAUUUAUGGAGUGAUGAUAAUGUUUAUAUUGCACAUGAAUCUCUUCGUCCUAACAUUAAAUGCCACUCCAGUGGGUUCAGAGUGAUAAGGGACCCUUUUAAGAUUAAUCGAAUGUUACUAAUUGUCUUUUUAGUGUCUUCAUAGGCUUUAUAAAAUCUGUUCAUUUUGAGGUUGUAUCUUAAGUUUUGUGAUUAAAAAUUUGUGUCUGUUGAAGAGUUGAGUCAGUGUUAAUUCUGUCAUUUGACAUAUGUAUCAGCCAGCUCAGUUUUACAAAUGAAAACAUUAAAUUAAACCAGAACGACAAUUUCAUGAAGAACUUAAAUGAAUUACUUUGAAUGAGGAUUACUUCCAGCUUGUCUUUUCUUUCCUUCAUUAAAAUUCUAAUUGGAUCUGACAUCUUCACACCAAUACAGAAAACUAAGUCUGAUGAUUCAAAUUUACUUGAGGAGGAACCCCAAACCCCCUUUCAGAACCGGAGCCUCAGUGUGUUUUAUCAGGAGUGUGUGUCACUGUGUGUGUGUGUGUGUGUGUGUUUUGUGUGUGUGUGUGUGUGUGUGUGUGUGUGUGUGUGUGUGUGUGUGUGUGUGUGGGUGUGUGUGUGUGUGUGUGCGCGUUACUCAGUGUGUCUUAUUCUGUGUGGUUCUUGGUGUAAUUCUAAAAAUCACAAAAAAGCCACAACUACAGAUUAUUAUUAUUAUUGAUUAUUAUGACAAUAUUGCAGAAAAUAUUUCCAUUUAAAAAAAAAUAUGUAGUAAUAACAUAUAAUCAUAACAGAUAAUUAUUUAUUUUUACAAAUUAUAACUUCAGAUAUUUAUCACAGAGUAUCAAAUUCAGAUUGUUAUAACUUAAUUUUUACAGAUUAUUAAAGUAUGUCAUUAUUACAGAUUAUAAAAUUAAUAUUGUUAUUUAUCACUUCAAUUUAUAACAAUGGAAGAUUAUGACUACAGAUUAUUAUAUUCACAGAGAAUGUUACAGAGUGUAAGUACAGACCAUUAUUCAAGAGAACGUCUACAGAUUAUUAUUAUUACAAAAUGUUAUUACAAAUAAUAAAACAGAUAAUUACCAAUAAUCAAUAAAGAUUUUUGAUAUAUAUUUAGAAUUACAGGUAAUAAAUACAGAAACACACUAUUUUUUUUCAUCUUCAAACACACAUGUCAGAGAUAUUGAUUAUUUGUACAGAUAAUUAUUACAGAUGAUGAUGGACUGUUGCUAUCAGUAUUACUGAUAACAAAGAUUAUUUUUACAGAGUAAUAUAAUCCAUAAUCAUAGCAGAUUAUCAACACAGAUUGUUAUCACAGAUAUUUAUUACAGAAAUGUGUUACUUGUAAGUGUUUUUAUUCAUUAUGACAUUGGAAAAUAUCCACAGGUUAUUACUACAGAUUUUUAUGAUAACAGACCCCCAUGGGGGAUCAAUAAAGGAAUAUUCUAUUCUAUUCUAUUUUUAUAGAUGAUCAGUAGUACAGAUUACUGGCUGUUUUUUUCAUACCACACAGCGGGUCCAUUAAUUUGUCAUGGAACCUUAAAUCAACAGCCUGCUAAAAACAUCUUCAGCUGCUUAUUUCAAUGAGCUUGAAGAUUAAGAAUAUUAACAGUUUUAAUCCACUCUAACAUGAACUUAAAAACACAGUCUGUGAAAACCAGUAUGCAGUUACAGAGAGAAAUGACAGGUGUAUAAAUGUGUCCAUCACAGACUUCACCUUAAGGGUUAAAUCAUUAACACAUCUCCUGAGCUGACUGAACAUACGCUGAAAAAAAUAACUCAUAAGAUUUACUUAAAAAUAUAUUGUAAGUAUUUGCGCACAAAUGAUUUAGGGAAAAUUUAAUGCUGAAAUAUCAAGUAAAAUUUAAUGUUGAAAUAUCAAGUAACACUCACUUGCCAGUAUCAAGUACAUUUUCCUUUCCAUAAAACAUAACAGUUGUGAAUAUAUUCAGUAACAUUUACUUAAUUAUAUCCAAGUUUUCAGUAAAAAAAUAUUUAAACAAAUUAAGUAAGGUCUAUUUGUUUUUAAUAGGCAGGAACCUCAUUUUAAUAAAAAAUUUAGGUACAUUCUAUAUCUGUAGUAUUUGCUGUUAUGAAGUAAUUAAGUAGAUAUUAAUUAUUUUCUUGUGCUUAACAUUUUAAUGUACUUGGUUCAUCUGAUUUCAUAUAGCACUUCAUCAGAGACCCUCAAAUCCCUUUCCAUUGGAUACAGCAUUCAUUUGCUCAAACAGUCACACCCUGGUGGUGGUAAACUACCUUAGCAGUCACAGCUGUCCUGGGGCAGACUGACAGAAAUGUGGCAGUCAGUUCGCUCCUACGGCCUCUCCGACCACCACCACACAACACUCACAAUCAUACACCAGUGGAGGACAGGCACUGGGAGCAAGGUGGGUUGAGUGUAUUGCCCAAGGACACAAUGGACAGACUAGCGAUAAGGGGGAAUUGAAGCUACUGCCACCCCCUGCCUUGCUCUGUGAUCCUGUAAUGUCCAGACUCGAAGCAGAGCCACUCCUGUUGUUUCAAAACGCUAAAUUUUCAGAGUAAAGUUUAUGUAAUAUUUGUAAGUUUAUGUACAUACAACUAUUUAAAAUUUAAAUUGAGUCAGGAAACCUAAGUAAAACUUAAUCUUCCCAGAUAAUUCAUGUAUUACGUAAAAAAAAAAGUUAAAUUUUACUUAAGAAAAUUUAGUUCUUACUGAAUCUUAAAAAUACAAGGUAGAAAUUAUGACAGGGUUUAAUAGGUUUUACUGCACCAAAAAGUCACUUUUUUCAGAGUGAGAAGGUGUUUCUGUGGACAGACCUGUUCCUGUCAGAGUGCAGUUUACCUGUCAGGUCAGUCAUUAUCAUAGAAACAGGAACAUACUCAACUGCUGUCAUUCUGUCAAACUAAUAAAACGGUUUUGCAUAAAACAAAUAACCUCCUUUUGGCUCAACACAAGCUGCUCUGUUGCUGCCUGUCAGUUGGAACUCACCUGAAACUUACCUGAAACAGAGUUCGUCCACCCCCACCUGUCUGAGUCUCAGGUAAGAAGCAGCUAAAACAAAGUACUAAUGCAGUUUUAUUCUGAGGUGCCUUUCCUUUAUUCUAGCAGAUAUUGAGGUACUGUCUGUGAUUAUGAGGGAGGUGUACUUUCUAAAACUUUUGACUGAUGUGAAAAGGUGAGUGUGAGUGUGUGUGUGUGUGUGUGUGUGUGUGUGUGUGUGUGUGUGUGUGUGUGUGUGAUUGAAAUGUUUUAAGCUUUCAGAGUUUUUUACUCAGAGUUUAAAGUCAAGUUCCUUCAGUUAAACUCUCAUUUUUUGUUUCUUGACCAUGGAAGUUUUUACCUGGUGCAUCCAUCAGGAGACAGUAACAAUGAUGAGAGUAAAAUGAGAAAUAAAAAACAUUUUUAAAGCAUGUUUAUAAAUAAAGUAUUAUAAAUUUAUAAAAUGUCUGCUAUCUUUUUAAAAUAAAUUCAUUUUCUCCUAAAGUCACUGCCUUUAUCUUUUAGGGAAAUUAAAUCUGGUCACUGUUUUUAAUUGUUUGAGAAUUCCCUAAAACAGUUUGUGGUGAAUAAAAAGUUUGUUUUCAUCAGUAAAAUCUGUGUUAUUUCAGCAGCGUUAAGCCUCCCCAGAAGGCUUUGCUUUAAGGUAAGUGUGGUCAGAGCUGACUAUCAGUCUGCUGUAAAGUGCUUUAUUCUCUCUAUUUGAGCCAUCGAUCACAGAUCCUCAGGAAAUAUGAUGGUUCUCUUUCUGCUGGUGGUGCUGCUGUCUGGACUGAUGGCUGAUGAAGGUAUGUGUGUCUUCUUUAAUAAUAACUUGAACAAAAACUUUAUCCAGUUGAAGCAGCUCUGAAAACAAAGACAGCUCGACAAAGUCAGGUUGAAACUACUGACAUGACAGAGAAAACAUUUUACUGUCAAGCCAAAAAUUCCAGACAUACAUAUGCAUGAUUAUAACAACCAACUCCUGGUUUCUGUGGGAGAAAUAUCAGAACAGGGACUUGAAACAUAUUAUUGAGAAGGAAAAAAAAAGGUAUUUUACCAGAAUAAAGUUAGAGUCCUGCUGUUGAUUUGAUGCUGUUAAAAAUGUUGAAUCUCAUGGUUUUAACUUUUUCAAAACUGUUUAAACUAAGUAAUUUUUAUGACAGUGUGUACUCUGUUAAUUUCUUACCCUGUGAUUUUGUCCUCAGUUUGUGUCAGGGUUUCUGAUAAGGGCACUAGGACCACUUCAGCAAAUAUUUCAGUGGUUGAAAAUUUGGGCGAGUCAGUUGCAUGCCAUCUAGAUGGAGAGAAAUGCCUCUUCAUUUGCAUGUUUGAACAAAAAACCUGGUUUAAUGGAUCCGAAGUGUGCUUGGAAGCUGACACUGAAGUUACCCCGGGCAAAACCACAUUCACCUUUCCACAGAUGCAAGGUCUCCAAAGCAGUAUGCAGCUCAAUUUCUCAGUGAAACACUAACAUCUGGCUCUUGUAAAUUAUAUCCACACCUUCUAUGAGGUUGCAUGUCAGGUCUGACUUCACUCUUGCUCCUCAGGUCCAAAAUGCAGUGCUUACUUGUGCAUUAACAACCCUGUCAUAGAGCUCAUGACUGAGUUGGACCAGCCCAGCUCUCUGCAGAGGGAAAUGUUUCGUCUCCUGUACAUCAGAAACUCCUGUGAAGACCUGUUUGCCAAAGACUUAAAAGUGAAAAAAAGCUUCGUCAAGUAAGUGCCAGGAUUACUGUUUCAGGUCAAACAGUUUCAUACACACAGCAAAGUUUUCAGAGGCAUUAUACAAGGUCGGGGUGGGGGGAACUUCCAAGGGGAAGGUGGCCCUCCAUCUUUACAUAUCUUUAGAAAUUUAGCUGUUGUUAUUGUUUUUCUUCUGAAGUAAUAAUUGUUAUGAAACAAAUAAUCUGUCCAAUGAUGAAUAAGAUACUCAAAAGUCUUAUGGAAAAAAAAUGUCUCAGUCAGGGGCCCCUGUUACCCGAAAGUAAGUGAUGUUGCAGGCUGCAUAGUGCGAUAUUAGAUGAGUUAGUGAUAUCGGUGAUAGACUAGCGAACAGAGGCAAAGAUCAGACAGAACCUGGCUCUUGAAGACAUGGAGUUACAAAAGAAAAUGAUCUUUGUUCUUGUUAAUCACUCGUUUUUGAUCAGAAGUUUUGUUUCUUAAAGCUUUAACUGAGUUUCUCACAAAACAGAGUUUUUGUUUUAAUUAUCGGCAGGGUUGGCCCUGCUGUAGUGAUGGGGCUAAGUGAGACAUAUUUUAUGGGCCCUGAAUUCAGUGACAUUUUAACAAGCUCUCAGGCGUCAUGUGAUAAAAUCAGUUUUAAAAAGGAGCUUCAUGAUACCUCCUUAUACACCUCUUCAUACACCCCCAUAUUAGAGGAGGGAAUUACACACUACCUACAUUAUCUCACCCUGAAUAUUUUCAAAGUGACACACCUUUUGGCUGAGCUCAACAACAAACAAUAACAUUCACUGCAAUAAAGACAAUUUCAGACCAAAGUUAAUGCUCUGUAAUCCUCUGUCAAACUGCAUGCACGGACAUUACAAAACAUGGGUCAAACCAUGACAGUCAUUGCUGCUCUGAAAGAAAUCUGUUUGCACGUUUUUUUUUUUUCUCCUGUCCCUCUGCAGAGUGGAGAAAGAAAUAAUCCACAACAUCAUGGAGAAAACCCUGAUUAAGCCCGGUGGGUCCAAAUUGUAUGACAUGAAGGAUUUGUCUCUGAAUGUGAUCAGCAUCAACCAAUCUGAGCUCAACCUGACAGGAACUAACUCCACGAUCAAAGUGGAGGCUCCACAGGUACUCCGGCUGAGGUCAAAGGAAAGGGGGAAGAUGUUGAGUGUCUGACACAGCUCUCACAGUUCAACAUCAUCUUUUCCAUAUUUGCUAUUAGUUGCUGCUUGAGAAUCAGUCUUUCAUUCCUCGUAUUUGGCUGCCGAUGGACGCCCUGCAGGACAUCCCUCAGGAGAAGAGGAUAAUCACUUUGGUCAGCUACAUGAGAAGGAGCCAUUUAACAGUAAAUCAUAAAUCUUCUAUAUCAUGUUAUAAACCAAUCUGCUAACAGAUCAGACAGGUUUCAGUCAUUAGGGUGUCAUUAAACUCUGACUCUUCUGUCUCUUAACGUUUCUUCAGCUUAGAGAGGAGGAGAUCCACAGUAUUGUCCUCAGAAUUGAGCUGUUGGGGGAUCGACAGCUGCAAGAUCUGAGCACGCCAAUUCAGAUGUUUUUCAGAGUCGCUGAGCUCAAAGUAAAAGAUGUAAGUGUGUUUGUGCAGUUAUCUUUAAAUGUUGAUAUCACUGUUUUUUAAUAUGUGUGGUACUGAUUUUAGGGUUUUCAGGCAAGAAGGCUGACCGGAUUUAUGUUCUCAACAAAUAUUGGGCUCUAUUUUUAUGCUUUGCCGGAGAUGUGGCGCAGGCGCGGCGUAGGUCAGGUCCGUCGUGCCGACAAGGCGUUCCAAAGCACAAUUUGGUAUUUUGGCGAGUGGCGCAGCCCGGCAUAAGUAUACCCCCUCGGCGUAUUGUAUUGGGAGGGCGUAUUACAAUUUUCGUGAAGUAGUUAGAGAUCAAGAGAUGGCUGAAGACAGCAAUGCCACACGAUGGCGACAGGAGGCAGCCCUUCAACAAGUGUCGCUGUCAACGCUGCAGAGGGCGUCCUCCACACUCUCUCAUAUAUGCGCAGAUGUAUUUGGUGUGUGUUACAUUAAUUUGCAUAUAUUUAAACCUCAUGUGACAAAUGUUGGUUGUGCCCACAGAUCACAACAUAAGCAAAUUCCAACCACCUUUGUGUAAUCAGGCAUGAAAAUCUCUCACCUUUCGGCGAAAUUCGCCGUUUUGAAAUCAAAAACGGUGACCUACGUGAAUCGUGUAGAUCCGAGGACAAACGUUUUUUUUUUUUUGGGGGGGGGGGGGGGGUCGGGAGAUUUUUUUUUUUCUUUUAUUAUCAUGUGAUUCACUCAAUACGUAAACUGAGCACUUCAGAAAUCGGCACUUUAAAUGACACUUGGACGGUCAGUAAAUCCUCCUGGCUCCUUCGCUGACGAGAACCAAUCAUAGGCCAAACUGCGUUCCAUUAUUCCAAUCAUGCGCACACUCUUCACGUGUACUUGGAGUGCUCGGAGAGCCUGUGGUAGCAUUGCAAAGCUGCGAGAACGAGAAGCAGGACUUAUCCACGCCGGUGUUGUGCCGUAGAAUGCACCCCUGCCGUAGAACGCCCCCCUGACGGGAGCGCGAUUGAAAGUGCACAACAAGGCGAAAUAAUCCAAGUUUUGAGCCAUCUAAAAUAGCGAGAGCGGGCGUCUCGCGUUUACUGUUCUGCAGGGCUCUCAAGUCUCAUGCAUUCAGCGUGUGACACACGCAUUCCCACCCCUUCACACGCCACACAUUGUAUUUCUCACGCAUUUAUAUGAACAUGGUGAUGUCCACCAAGUUGCACCUCUGUAACAAUGGAACAGGUGGAAAUCAACUGAGUUCCUCCGAGAGUUCAGAAGCUGCGUGCCACGCGCAAGCCAAUCAAAUAAAGUAUAUCUACUGAACAGCCAAUCAAAAAGCAGCAUUGCCGUAUCCGGGUAGAUUUCGAUAUAUUGCGGUUUGACUACAGAAGAAGACAGACACUCGCCGAAAUAGAGCAGGUUUUUAUAAGGACGAGAAAGACCCGAUGAUUACAGUAAGUCGGUAACCUACACAUGCAGAGACCUCCACACUUCAUGGCAGAUAAACUCAUAUGAUAAACUAAAGCCCUAUGCUAUUGCUAUUAACAGCUGUAUUGACAGAUUUAGCCUCUGUGCAGCCAUUUCCAGCCAUUUUCCCCUCCACAAAAGCAGCAUUUCUUAUAUAUUCUUUUUAAAGUUCUGACAGUACAAUUCAUCUAAAUGCUCCUCAGUGCUGAUUUUAGCAACUCUCCUCCACAACAGGUAACUUUACGACUUUAUUCUUAGAUAUUAAUGACUUUAUUCUCCUAAAUAAUAACUUUAUUGUCUAAGAUUUAAAAACGUUUUUUGUCUUAAUGUGGCCCUCAUACUCCGUUGUAUUUAAGAGUUUAUUAUACUAUUAAACUAUAUUAUCUAAAUGUAUGUGAUGAUUGAGAUAGUUGCACUGAAUAGUGAUUGUUAUUGAUUAGUUAUUGCACUGAAAGCUGCCUGACACUGUGGAAAUCUGCUGGUGAGGCAUUGGUGACGUAUGCGCACUACGCCGCCGGUCUACCAAAAUACCACUAAACCAGCUGCGCUCUGCCUGCGCUGAAAGCUGACCAGGUUUGAAUCAGUGCGCUGAAAGCAACUCCCCCUACCACGCCACUACGCCCAGCUUGGCUGACCUCGGUGUGCCUCAGUCUAUGAAAAAACCAAACUGGCUGUGCGCUGGGCUCCGCCAGACAAAAAUACCAAUGUGUGGGAACGAAAAUAGAGCCCCUGGUGUUUUGUUUCAUUGUGUCUUCUACUGGCUCAGAGGCAGGUGUGUGGGAACAGGAUUAGGGGGUCAGUCACAAAGACUUAAUCCUCACUGGUUUGCUUCUUGCUCUUUACCAUAUGACUCACAAACAUCAAACUGAUCAGCUCACUUGAUCUGCUUUUGUAUGGAGUCAGCCUCUGGUGGACACUUGGGGUACUGUAGCCUUUUGCAUGUCCACUGGAGACUGUUGGUUGUUGCUUUUUGUUGAAAAUGUUUCUGUUUAUGUGUCUUUCACAGAACAACACACAAUUACUGUGUCAAUACCUGGAUGAAGACGGUAAGACUAACAGUGUAAAACUCAUCUCUGAAUUUUGGGAUUCAGACAAGCUUAACCCCUCACUGAAAAAAACAGAGAGUUUAUCAGUAUAUUAACAUUUAUCUACAGUAUCAGUCCUGACUAAACUCAGCAGGCUGUCAUGUAUUUACUCUCAGACUUGUACUGGAAAACUGACGGGUGUGAGACUGACAAUGAAGACGCAACAGACAUAAAAUGCAGCUGUACUCACACCACACCGUUUGCCGUGUUGCUGGUGAGAUUAAUUGUGUUUCUGACUAAUAUUUCUAACUGAUGCAUUCAUUUCAAACAGAUUUUAAUUAAACUGCUUAUUAACAUAUCUAAUCAUGUUCUCCUCUCCUGCUAUAAACCUCUACUGUUUGGCAUAGCUUUGUGCUUCUGGGUUUAAAAUGAUUCAGGUAAAGGUGUGCUCAUAAAUCAGGUGUCUCCUCUGCAGGUGAGGGAACCUGUCGCAGAAAUCCACUGGAAGAUCCUUUCAUACAUUAGCUACAUUGGCUGUGGCCUGUCUGCGUUCUUCACUGCCCUGUCGCUCAUCAUCCACGUCACCAGUCAGUGAGUCUGUGCUGAAUCUGCAAACACACAGUGACGCACACCAUGCACAAACACACACCCCCACACACGAGCACACACAGAAUUACACAAAAAACACACACCUUAACAACAACAAAAACAUCACGUCACAUACAAAGUUUAGUUAAGUUUAACUCAGUUAAGUUGAUUUUAUUUCAAGUCUUAUAAAGUUUAGUUGAGUUAAACUCAGUUCAGUUUAAUUUGGUUUAGUUUACUUUUUUCUAGUUCAGUUUAGUUUACCUCCAUUCAGUUGAUCUUAGUUUAAUUGAGUUAACUUAUUUAUUUAUUUAUUUUUUUAAUUAAGCUUAGUCCAGCUUACAUUAGUUAAGUUUAGUAAAGUUAAGUUAUUCUGGUUUAAAUAGGUUCAGUUCAAUUCGGGUUAAUUUAGUUUACUUUUUUAUAGUUUAAUUUCAUUUAGUUCAGUUCAGUUUCAGUUAAUUCAGUUUAGCUUAGUUCAGUUUAGUGUAGUUAUUUCUAGUUAAGUUCAGUUCAAUUUAAUUUGUUUAAGUUUAGUUUACUUCCAUUCAGUUGAUCUCAGUUUAAUUGAGUUAACUUUUUUUUGUUUGGUUUAAUUUAGUCAAGUUUAGUCCAGCUUAAAUUAGUUUAGUUUAGUAGUUAGUUUAAGUUAAGUUUUUCUGGUUUAAACAGGUUCAGUUCAGUUCAAUUCGGUUUAAUUUAGUUAUGUUAUAUUUAGUGUAGUUUUUUUCAAGUUAAGUUCAGUUCAAUUUAAUUAUUUUUUGUUUAGUUUACAUUUUCUUCUAGUUUAGUUCAUUUCAGUUGAUUAUAGUACAAUUCAGUUAAGAUUAGUUUAGUUAAGUUCAGUUCAAUUGUGAUAAGUUUAGUUAAGUUCAGUUUGGUCAGUUAUUUUUUGUCAAGUUUAGCUUAGUUCAGUUUAGUUUAAUUUAGUACAGUUCACUUUAGAUUAGUUAAGUUUUGUUCAGUUAAUUUUUGUUUAGUUCAGCUUAGUUUAGUUUAGCACAGUUCAGUUUAGAUUAGUUUAGUUAAGUUUACUUUAGAUUAGUUUUGAUUAAUUUGUUUAGCUUAGUUUAGUUUAGUUUAGCUCAGUUUCGUUCAGUUCAGUUUAGAUUAGUCAGUUUAGGGGCCUAUUCUACGAAGCAGGAUUACUGCUUAGCGAGGUAACUUCGAGGGUAAAGUUAGGGGUUUUCUUUUCUACGAUGCGGGUUCACUUCUUAGCGAGGUGAGUCUCCAUGGCAACAUACGCUGAACGGCUAACCUGCUCCGGGGCAGGUUAGGUUCCAGAUUGAACUCACCGAGUAUAAAAACCCUGCCCACUGACCAAUGAGCUCUCUCGAAAAAUGGCUUGUCCGUUCUUGGAGGAUCUUAUAGACCUAGGUGCUCGCAUUGUCUGAGGAGCACUCGCUCGUGAGAGUUUUCAGGGACCGCAUGGACCCACUUACUUUUCUGGAUGACCACCUUUAUGAAAGGCUCAUAUGGCCUACAUAUCACACAAAAAAUGUUUACACAAUAGGACUGAACAGAUGAAUGAAUUCAUCUUGGAAACGAAUUAGACAUGUCUGAUGCAUGUUAAAAGCGCAUGUGGCACACGCUCAUAGCAAAGCUGGAUCCACUUACGAGGUUGAUAACCAGCUUCGUAAGACCGUUUAGCAAGACCGCUGGCUACCGCACUAAGUUGAGCGAGGUAGCUCCAAGGCUACCUCACUCGGUCGAACUUGCUUCGUAAAAUAGGCCCCAGUUCAGUUUAGAUCUGUUUAGUUUAGAGUUGUGGUUUGAAUCUACCAAGACACCUGUGUAUGUAGCUGUUAGGCUCCUCCUUAAAACUGUUACUACAUGUCAAAAUGAUUUAGUCUGCAAGCCCCUUGAUUGGUCUGCUACAGUUAUGUAUGUUUUCCAGUCUUACCCAGACACAUAAAUCAGGAUUUACUUACAGACAAAAGGCUUGUAGUCAAAAUGGAUCACAUUUACAUGACGGUGUGUUCAAGGUCUGCUCAAUAAAAUAACUUUUAGGCAACCUUAAUUAAACCUCAUCAUGAUGACAAAUGAACCCUCCUCCUUUUGAUGUACUGAGUUAGAAACAGUAAUUGUAAAAGAUGGCCGGCUUUAAAAAUGGGAUAAAGUCAGUGCUCCAUCUUUAUUUGUAUCUUUUUAUAUAUAUGUAUAUUGUGUUUGCAGUCACCCCCCGAAACAUGAAGGCAAAAGUAAAUAUCCUGCCUGAUAUAUUCAUCAUAGUCUUCUUCUCUUUUUUAUCAGAAACCAUAAAACAGAUUUCUCCAUCUCCAUCCAUGUGUCUCUGAGCGGCGCCCUCUUCUUGCUCAACACCACCUUCCUGCUGACAGAGUGGGGGGCCACUGUGAGGCUAGACUGGGUCUGUGUGCUGGUGGCUGCCCUCAUGCAUUACUCUCUGCUAUGCUGCUUUACUUGGAUGGCCAUUGAGGCCCUGCACCUUUACUUGCUGCUGAUCAAGGUCUUCAACACCCACUACAAGCGAUACCUGCUUAAACUCUCUCUCGCAGGAUGGGGUGAGUCCUGAUGGCGCAGGAAGAGUUUCUACAUAAUGUUGAUAAUGAUGAUGGGGGUGAUGAAGAUAAUGGUCAGACCCAAAGUGGCUAAUUUGUAGAACCAGCACAUUUCCUGCUAAAAUUAUAUUUCUCUGGCAAAGGUUGAGAAAUAAAAUUCAGUCAGGACCGCUUUAGUCAAAAUGAAUUAUUUAUUACAAGCAAACAUUUUUUACAUUGGCAGUAUGGCUCUGUUCUGAGAGUUCCCUGCCCUUCCAUGGGCUUGCGUGGAAUGCCACGGCUAUAAGAGCAGAGAGCUCCUCCCCUCCCUUCCAUGUGAAUACAGGAAAGCCAAGGCAGAGAAAGCAGCAGUAAAUAAAUAGAUAAAUACAUAAAUAAGCAUAAAUAAGAUAAAUACAUUAAAAUCCCCCCACAGCACAGAGCAAACAUCAGUGACAAUACAUAUGACACUGGUAAGAUCAGACACAACAUAAACAGGAGGAGCUGGGGUGUGUGUCUGACUCUGAGCAGAAGCAGAAAUAGAAAGAAAUCUGUUUCAGUUAUUUAGAAAGAGGAAAUUUCUUUAGAGGAAAAACCCUCAGAGUUGGAAGUUCCUGAACUGGAGGUGGUUAGAUCAGGGGUCAGUGGUCAGAAACCCGUUCUAUGAAGGAGCCAGUUUUAUCUGCAGAUGCAGGAUAUGAACGUUUACAUUUCAUUCAUUUGGUGUAGAAGCUGCAAUUUUUCAAAAGAAAGAACAAAUCAGCAAAAAAAUUUGCAGAUCCUGACAUCAGGUAGUGGCUAUGUCUCCAAAAAGUGGUCCAGGACACUGAAAAAUAUGUUUGGAGAUUACCCAUCACUUGAGUGUGAUUCACGUUUGUAUUAAAAGACAGAUCAGUGCAAAAGCUCUCCUUUGACAUACUUAUCUCAAGGCAGUAUGAUCAGUUAAUAGUCAUUUUACUGCCUGAUACCAACACAGAGGAUCUCCAGAUUCCUCUGUGCUAGUUGUAGCUCUGGUGAGGGGAUUUCUUUUUUCUCAGGUGAACAGAAAGAUUUGGACUCAGGUCUGUAUGUCUUAGAGCAUUUCUGGUUGGUUUGGAGAUGCUACCUUCAUACAAAUCAAAUAUCCUCUUUCUAUUAUUCUGAUUAGCUCCUGAAAUUACCAAAUGACCAUGGCCUGCUGUGAUCAUGGUCAUCACUUCAGACAGGGAAGAUGUUAAAGAUAACAAAUACCACCUUAAUAUUUGAUGGUUGUCAAACUGUCUAUUGCUGAUGGGAUUGCAUUUUUACAAAUUAACUUCGAUUAUCUAAAAUGUGCUCCAUGAUAGCGAUGUGUAUGAUUAUUGACCAGAGCUACAACCAGAUGAUGUGUGCGUGUGUGUGUGUGUGUGUGUGUGUGUGUGUGUGUGUGCGCGCGCGCGCAUGUGUGUGUGUGUGAUCCUCAGGUGUUCCAGGUGUGAUCGUGGCCAUCUCUUUGGCAGUGAAGGAUUUCAAACAGUUUUAUGGAGUCACACAGCUGACCAUGGCUGAUACCAACCAAACCAACGCCAUGUGAGUGAAUAAUAAAUGCUUUUUUCAAGAACUUUGAGCUCUUUUAAAUUGGAGUUGUAUUCAUAGUUUUUGUGUGUACAGUGUGCCAUAUGUACUUUGUAUACCUGGUCUCACCUGUUCAAUUGUGAAACCCUUUUUUGUCACUCAGCUGCUGGAUCACAGAUGACUCCUUCUUCUACUCCUUGAACCUGGUCUACUUCACGCUCAUUUUCGUCUUUAACUCUGGCAUCCUGGUGGCAGUGGCCUCCAGUAUCUGUAAAAUGAAACGAGUGGUAAGGAGCAGGUCCAGACCUGGACCAGGGGCUGGACAAGAGAGGACCUGGAGGGAUCCACAGAGGUUCAGUGAGUCCUGUCAGGGGGGUCUCACUGUAUUGGGUCUCACCUGCCUGCUGGGGACCACCUGGGGUCUAGCCUUCCUGGGCUCAGGAUAUGUCAACUACCCCAUUCUCUACCUCUUCUGUAUUCUUAACUCCAUGCAAGGUCUGCAACUGCUCUGACCAAUACAGAUUCAUAUGCCUGAAUAUCUUGUUUGGUUUUAGAAAUUCUACAUGUUGAAACCAGUCUGAUGAACUGAGCUGGUUUGAGGUACUGCUUUACCUUGUUUGGUGAAGCAGGCUCUGGCUCAAACACUGAGAGAAAGGAAAAGACUUUAUCCAGUUAAACUGUCUCUGUUUUUCCUCUUUUAAAGGUUUUUUCAUCUUCCUCUGGGUCUGUCUGUCCAUCAAGAAGCAGCGGAGGAGAGAAAUUGAGGAGAGACUGAGUUCAUCUGCAUUGAAGACCUCAGGGACCAAAUUGGAGUAA